CAACGCGCUGUCAAUUGAGAAGACCUGGCCGGCCUCGUUUCUGCAGUGCAGUUCGAGUUGAACUGCAACGCGCGUGGUUGCAGUAUUGCAGCCGAAUACCGUGCCCUUGAUCCAAUACAAGGCUUUGGCAUUCAGCAAACUACCACGUUGAUGAUGACACCGCUUGCACUUGCAGUCGUGCCGCUCUUGGUCGCGACGGCGUACGCCACUAACCCACCCACGGUCACCGUCAAGAAUGGCUCCUACUACGGCGUCCACCAGCCCACCUACGACCAGGAUCUCUUCCUCGGGAUGCCCUACGCGCAGCCUCCCAUCGGAGAUCUCCGCUUUCGCAUUCCACAGUCACUAAACACGACGUGGUCCGAGGCGAGGAACGCAACCGAGUAUUCCCCGGAAUGCUACGGCUACGGCAGCGACCAGUGGGUGUUGGGCAACGUUGUCUCGGAGGAUUGUUUGACGAUCAAUGUGGUGCGACCCAGUGGCGUGUCUGAAGGAGCCGAUCUUCCGGUCGGCGUCUGGAUUCAUGGCGGAGGAUUCUACCAGGGCGGCUCACGUGACCCUCGCUACAACUUGUCGUAUAUUGUGAAUGAGGCUGCGGAAGCAGGCAUGCCAUUCAUUGGUGUGAGCCUCAACUACCGCCUACAGGCGUUUGGGUUCUUGUGGGGCACGGCAGUCAAAGAGGCCGGAGUGACGAACCUGGGCUUCCGAGACCAGCGCUUAGCACUGCACUGGGUGCAGGAGAACAUCGCCGCCUUCGGUGGUGACACGAACAAAGUCACGAUCUGGGGCGAGAGUGCCGGAGUUCGAGGCGUCUCGUACCAGCUUAUCGCAUACGGCGGUCGCGACGACGAGCUCUUCCGUGGGGCUAUCAUUCAGUCUGGCUCCCCUGUCAAGUACAUCCCCAGAGCGUAUACCAACGCUACGGCGUGGGACGUCUACUAUAACAACAUCACGGCAGCGACUAACUGCAGUUCGGCUGCUGAUACUCUCGACUGCCUCCGCCAAGUCCCAAUCGAUGCAUUAUCGGAUAUCCUCAACAGUUCGGUGGCAUCUACAGCGUCCUGGGGACCAGCCGUUGACGGCGACUACAUCCAGGACACUGGACCAGCUCUACUGAGCGCGGGGAAGUUUGUACACGUGCCGAUUCUACUAGGAACCAACAAUGACGAGGGCACCGCGUUCGGUAAAACUGGCAUCGACACGACUGAAGAGUUUUUCCAGUAUUUGGUGAACAUGGGCUACAGCCAGAACGAGGCGAACGUGUUGCUGGAUCUGUACCCGGACAUUCCAGAAAUCGGCAUCCCAGGCACACUGCACGGACGUCCGGGCAACGAUACGUCGUAUGGAUACAUGUACAAGCGAGUGUCCGCGUACGCUGGGGACAGCACGAUGCACGCUCCUCGGCGUUUUAUGUCAGAGAUCUGGGCGAGCAACAAUGUCUCGAGCUACAGCUACCUGUUCAACGUGCUGACUUCUGGAAUAUCUCAGUACAUUGGUUCCACGCACUUUACGGAGGUUGCGUUCGUGUUCUACAACCUGCUGGGCGACGGCUAUAACAACUCGGUGGCCACGGACCCGUUCCUCGACAAGCCGGAGAGCUACAAGCAGCUGGCACGCGUGAUGACCCGCAUGUGGGCGAGCUUCAUCGUGAACCAGACUCCGAACGAGAACGGAGCGACGGCGCUGAAGUGGCCCGAGUAUACGCUUGACGACCCGCAGAACAUUGUGUUCGACGCCAAUGUGACGGAGCUUGCCUACAUCGAUCCCGACGUCUUCCGUGCUGAGGCCAUCGCGCACAUGAUUAACAACGCAUAAGGUUGACCAAGAAUUCAUUUGGCGUGUUGCCACUCAAUAUACAUUGUUUCUCCCCUUAUGGGUUGUUCACAGAGCUCUGCCAAACACAA